GGGCGGCGGCGCGGCGCGCGGCGGCGAGGCUGCGCCCGGGCACGCCGCCGCCUGCGCCCGGCCGCCGACACCAUCCUAUCCAGACCGAGUACUACCUCGAGGAGUUGUUCGACAAAGGCGUGGAGAUGGAGGUGGGUGUGCAGACGGACCUGUUCGUGGACCGGCCCGCCACGCCCGUGUACGUGCCGGCCAAGACCGGCGCCGACGUCGCCACGCAGAUAUACCCCGGCGACCUAUUCGACUUCGAUCUGGAGGUGCAGCCGAUCCUAGAGGUGCUGGUUGGCAAAACGACGGAGCAGUCGCUGGCGGAGGUGGCGCAGGAGGAGGAGCUGGCCACGCUGCGCGAGCAGCAGCGCCGCUACUGCGAGCUGCGCGACGCCGAGCGCGCCGAGCGGCAGAGGCUCGCCGCGCACCACACGCGCCUGCACACUGAGAAGGUAACAUUCGCUUUAUAUAAGAGAGUGGCAAGACGACGGAGGACGGAGCAGUCGCAGGAGGAGGAGCUGGCCACGCUGCGCGAGCAGCAGCGCCGCUACUGCGAGCUGCGCGACGCCGAGCGCGCCGAGCGGCAGAGGCUCGCCGCGCACCACACGCGCCUGCACACUGAGAAGGUAACAUUCGCUUUAUAUAAGAGAGUGGCAAGACGACGGAGGACGGAGCAGUCGCAGGAGGAGGAGUCGCAGGAGGAGGAGCUGGCCACGCUGCGCGAGCAGCAGCGCCGCUACUGCGAGCUGCGCGACGCCGAGCGCGCCGAGCGGCAGAGGCUCGCCGCGCACCACACGCGCCUGCACACUGAGAAGGUAACAUUCGCUUUAUAUAAGAGAGUGGCAAGACGACGGAGGACGGAGCAGUCGCAGGAGGAGGAGCUGGCCACGCUGCGCGAGCAGCAGCGCCGCUACUGCGAGCUGCGCGACGCCGAGCGCGCCGAGCGGCAGAGGCUCGCCGCGCACCACACGCGCCUGCACACUGAGAAGGUAACAUUCGCUUUAUAUAAGAGAGUGGCAAGACGACGGAGGACGGAGCAGUCGCAGGAGGAGGAGCUGGCCACGCUGCGCGAGCAGCAGCGCCGCUACUGCGAGCUGCGCGACGCCGAGCGCGCCGAGCGGCAGAGGCUCGCCGCGCACCACACGCGCCUGCACACUGAGAAGGUAACAUUCGCUUUAUAUAAGAGAGUGGCAAGACGACGGAGGACGGAGCAGUCGCAGGAGGAGGAGCUGGCCACGCUGCGCGAGCAGCAGCGCCGCUACUGCGAGCUGCGCGACGCCGAGCGCGCCGAGCGGCAGAGGCUCGCCGCGCACCACACGCGCCUGCACACUGAGAAGGUAACAUUCGCUUUAUAUAAGAGAGUGGCAAGACGACGGAGGACGGAGCAGUCGCAGGAGGAGGAGCUGGCCACGCUGCGCGAGCAGCAGCGCCGCUACUGCGAGCUGCGCGACGCCGAGCGCGCCGAGCGGCAGAGGCUCGCCGCGCACCACACGCGCCUGCACACUGAGAAGGUAACAUUCGCUUUAUAUAAGAGAGUGGCAAGACGACGGAGGACGGAGCAGUCGCAGGAGGAGGAGCUGGCCACGCUGCGCGAGCAGCAGCGCCGCUACUGCGAGCUGCGCGACGCCGAGCGCGCCGAGCGGCAGAGGCUCGCCGCGCACCACACGCGCCUGCACACUGAGAAGGUAACAUUCGCUUUAUAUAAGAGAGUGGCAAGACGACGGAGGACGGAGCAGUCGCAGGAGGAGGAGCUGGCCACGCUGCGCGAGCAGCAGCGCCGCUACUGCGAGCUGCGCGACGCCGAGCGCGCCGAGCGGCAGAGGCUCGCCGCGCACCACACGCGCCUGCACACUGAGAAGGUAACAUUCGCUUUAUAUAAGAGAGUGGCAAGACGACGGAGGACGGAGCAGUCGCAGGAGGAGGAGCUGGCCACGCUGCGCGAGCAGCAGCGCCGCUACUGCGAGCUGCGCGACGCCGAGCGCGCCGAGCGGCAGAGGCUCGCCGCGCACCACACGCGCCUGCACACUGAGAAGGUAACAUUCGCUUUAUAUAAGAGAGUGGCAAGACGACGGAGGACGGAGCAGUCGCAGGAGGAGGAGCUGGCCACGCUGCGCGAGCAGCAGCGCCGCUACUGCGAGCUGCGCGACGCCGAGCGCGCCGAGCGGCAGAGGCUCGCCGCGCACCACACGCGCCUGCACACUGAGAAGGUAACAUUCGCUUUAUAUAAGAGAGUGGCAAGACGACGGAGGACGGAGCAGUCGCAGGAGGAGGAGCUGGCCACGCUGCGCGAGCAGCAGCGCCGCUACUGCGAGCUGCGCGACGCCGAGCGCGCCGAGCGGCAGAGGCUCGCCGCGCACCACACGCGCCUGCACACUGAGAAGGUAACAUUCGCUUUAUAUAAGAGAGUGGCAAGACGACGGAGGACGGAGCAGUCGCAGGAGGAGGAGCUGGCCACGCUGCGCGAGCAGCAGCGCCGCUACUGCGAGCUGCGCGACGCCGAGCGCGCCGAGCGGCAGAGGCUCGCCGCGCACCACACGCGCCUGCACACUGAGAAGGUAACAUUCGCUUUAUAUAAGAGAGUGGCAAGACGACGGAGGACGGAGCAGUCGCAGGAGGAGGAGCUGGCCACGCUGCGCGAGCAGCAGCGCCGCUACUGCGAGCUGCGCGACGCCGAGCGCGCCGAGCGGCAGAGGCUCGCCGCGCACCACACGCGCCUGCACACUGAGAAGGUAACAUUCGCUUUAUAUAAGAGAGUGGCAAGACGACGGAGGACGGAGCAGUCGCAGGAGGAGGAGCUGGCCACGCUGCGCGAGCAGCAGCGCCGCUACUGCGAGCUGCGCGACGCCGAGCGCGCCGAGCGGCAGAGGCUCGCCGCGCACCACACGCGCCUGCACACUGAGAAGGUAACAUUCGCUUUAUAUAAGAGAGUGGCAAGACGACGGAGGACGGAGCAGUCGCAGGAGGAGGAGCUGGCCACGCUGCGCGAGCAGCAGCGCCGCUACUGCGAGCUGCGCGACGCCGAGCGCGCCGAGCGGCAGAGGCUCGCCGCGCACCACACGCGCCUGCACACUGAGAAGGUAACAUUCGCUUUAUAUAAGAGAGUGGCAAGACGACGGAGGACGGAGCAGUCGCAGGAGGAGGAGCUGGCCACGCUGCGCGAGCAGCAGCGCCGCUACUGCGAGCUGCGCGACGCCGAGCGCGCCGAGCGGCAGAGGCUCGCCGCGCACCACACGCGCCUGCACACUGAGAAGGUAACAUUCGCUUUAUAUAAGAGAGUGGCAAGACGACGGAGGACGGAGCAGUCGCAGGAGGAGGAGCUGGCCACGCUGCGCGAGCAGCAGCGCCGCUACUGCGAGCUGCGCGACGCCGAGCGCGCCGAGCGGCAGAGGCUCGCCGCGCACCACACGCGCCUGCACACUGAGAAGGUAACAUUCGCUUUAUAUAAGAGAGUGGCAAGACGACGGAGGACGGAGCAGUCGCAGGAGGAGGAGCUGGCCACGCUGCGCGAGCAGCAGCGCCGCUACUGCGAGCUGCGCGACGCCGAGCGCGCCGAGCGGCAGAGGCUCGCCGCGCACCACACGCGCCUUCGCAGGAGGGAUUCUGAUCUGGCCACGCUGCGCGAGCAGCAGCGCCGCUACUGCGAGCUGCGCGACGCCGAGCGCGCCGAGCGGCAGAGGCUCGCCGCGCACCACACGCGCCUGCACACUGAGAAGGAGCGGCGCGUGUCGGAGGCGCGCGCGGCGCGUGCGGCGGCGGAGGAGGCGCGCGCGCGCGCGGCGGCGGCGACGCUGGUGCAGGGGUACGUGGCCGAGCUGCUGCCCGCCGCGCUCGCCGCGCUGCGCGACCAGGGAUACCUGCUCGAGCGGAUACAGAGAGGUGUGGACGAGGAGUUCAUGCCGUGGCUGGUGAGCGCGGUGUCGCAGGAGAUCGAGUCCAUCAUCACCAGUCGCGACGUGAUCACAGAGAUAGUCCGCGAGGUGGUGGAGGGUCGCGGCGAGCUGUACCGCGCCGCCGGCGAGCACGCCGCGCUCGCCUCGCCGCCGCUCGAGUCACUCACGCCGCCCUCCCUGCCGGACCUCGAGGGACAAGAUUUGGAGGAAUAGCGGCGGGCGGCGGCGCGGCAUCACUUCGCUCCAUUUGGAAACCAUGGACAAUGAUUAGGUGAUGAUUGUGGCGUGUCAGGGGACUCCCCGGACGGCGGUAUUGACCUCAGACCACUUUGUAGGAUAUUUACUAGUUGUAUAUUUCGUUGUUUAUUGAAUUUACACGGAACGUUAUCGUUACUUUAUAUAAAUCAAUACAAAAUGUCAUCUAUUACAAUUGUGUGCAACACCAUCCCUCUACAGCACUGCAUGUUAUGGUGGUAACUAAUUUUUUAAUUUAAAACAAAA